AAAUUAUUAGCCCUCCAUGUCUCCAUCGAAACUGAUCUAAACUUCUCCAACUUAGCACAACGAAAACGCAGCCCACCCGUUCCUUCAAAACCUAUGACAGUGGCUAUCAACGGCGAGUAACCCUGCUAAACUCUCAUCGGAAAAUCGAAAAUUUAGUUCAAUUUUUUUUUUUCAUGAUUUUCUGUGUAAGCAUCGACUGAAAAUUCAUUCACUGUAUUUAGAAUAAGCAGAAAAGAAGUGAGAAUGACUGGUGGCGGCUUAAAGGGUAUUUUGGCUGCCGCUGUUACCCAAGGGGUGGCUGAGGCAAGGGCAAGGAUAUUUGGGCAUGUGCUUAACCCUGCAGGGCACAGAUCCCCCCACAAAAUUUUGCGCAAGAAGCUCAUCGGUGAGAAGGUCGCGCAAUGGUACCCUCAUGAUAUCAAGAGGGAUGACCCACUUAUUAUGGCCCGCCAAGAGCAAGAGCGUUUAUCCAAGCUUGAAAUGUUGAAGAGACGUGGAAAAGGGCCACCCAAGAAGGGCCAAGGAAAGGGAGCCAUGAAGCGAAACAAAGGGAAAUGAUGUUUUCAUAUUCUCUUUUUCAUAUCAGUCCUUGGGUAGUUUUGGCAAUAAGUUAGUAGUAUCUGGCAUUUUCAGCAACAACUUUGGAACUGAUACGGCCGUAUGAUGUUUCUUUUCCUUUUAGUAGUUUUAUUAAAUGAAUGAGCAUCUAUUGUCGACUAUGUACUCCUAAUCUCCUGCACUAUGAACCAGUCACUCAGGCAGGCACUCAACCUCUAACUAGACCUGACAGAGUAAAUUUUAACUCAUACUUGCCUGCAUAUAAGUUUCCAUUUUUUCA